AUGCCGAGCUGCAUUGCCAAAUCAGUUGAGUUGAAAUCUCCAGAAGCCACCCUGAAGCUUUAUGGUGUCAGACUGCACCUGAAUGGUUUCCUGCCAUCCAGCCGAGCUUUGCAGGUGGUUGACAUGUUGUUGGUUGUCUGCCCUGCCAGCCCUGCCAGCCAGGGGGGACCCCAGCCCUCCAGACACACUGCCCACUGCCCGGACACUGCCCACUGCCCGGACACUGCCCACUGCCCGGACACUGCCGCCCCGGACCCGCUGAGGACACCCGACUACUGCCGCACUGCCCUCUCCCUCACACAGAGCCCUGAGGGGAAGGCUGAGGGGCGACGGGCACCACUGUGGUUACGAGCCCGGUUCCAGGCUCUGCUCUUCGAGUUGGGCUGCAGUAUCCAGCAGCACUGCGGCAAGUUCCUCUUCAUCGGCCUCUUGGUGUUCGGUGCCUUCGCUGUGGGCCUGAGGGUGGCCAGCAUCGAGACCGACAUCGAACAACUCUGGGUGGAAGUUGGGAGCAGAGUGAGUCGAGAGUUGAUGUACACACGAGACAAACUGGGUGAGGAGACCAUCUUCACCACGCAGAUGCUAAUACAGACCUCAAAGAGAGAAGGAGAAAACAUUCUGACUGAGGAAGCUUUGAUCCAGCAUCUGGACGCUGCUUUAGCAGCCAGCAAAGUCCAAGUCUCGUUGUAUGGAAAGUCCUGGGAUUUAAACAAAAUCUGCUACAAAUCUGGAGUACCUAUCAUUGAGAGUGGAAUGAUCGAGCGAAUGAUUGAGAAGCUCUUUCCUUGUGUUAUUCUAACUCCCCUGGACUGUUUCUGGGAUGGUGCCAAGCUUCAAGGCGGUUCUGCUUACCUACCAGGAAAGCCAGACAUUCAGUGGACAAAUCUUGAUCCAGUCCAACUUCUCGAUGAACUGGGGCAGUUUACACCUUUGGAGGGUUUCCGCGAGAUGCUAGAUAAGGCUCAAGUAGGACAUGCUUACAUGGACAGACCCUGCUUACAGCCCAGUGAUCCCGAGUGCCCUGGAACAGCACCAAACAAAGGAACUCUAGAGGCUCCUGAUAUUCCCGCUGAGUUAACUGGAGGCUGUCAAGGGUUUUCAAAGAAGUUCAUGCAUUGGCAGGAGGAGCUGAUUUUGGGAGGCAUGACCAGAGGUUCCCAGGACGAGUUGCUGAGUGCUGAGGCUCUCCAGACCAUGUACCUGCUGAUGAGCCCCAAACAGCUCUAUGAACAUUUCAAGGACGAUUAUGAAAUCCACGACAUCAACUGGAACGAGGAAAAAGCAACGGCCAUUCUGGAAAUCUGGCAGCGAAAGUUUGUCGAGGUAGCUCACCAGACUGUAUUACAGAACUCCUCGCAAAAUAUCCACGCCUUUUCCACCACCACGCUUAAUGACAUUAUGAAAUCCUUUUCUGAUGUCAGUGCUAUCCGAGUAGCUGGAGGAUAUCUGCUAAUGCUGGCCUAUGCGUGUGUGACUAUGCUGCGGUGGGAUUGCUCGAAAUCUCAAGGAGCUGUGGGCCUGGCUGGUGUCCUCCUAGUUGCCUUGUCAGUGGCUUCUGGGCUGGGGCUGUGCUCUCUUCUGGGAAUUUCCUUUAAUGCAGCUACCACCCAGGUGCUUCCGUUUCUGGCUCUGGGUAUCGGUGUCGAUGACAUGUUCUUGCUGGCUCAUGCAUUCACUGAGACUGGUCAAAACACAAACAUUCCUUUCAAGGAAAGGACCGGAGAAUGCUUGAGGCGAACAGGCACAAGUGUCGCCCUCACGUCAAUCAACAACAUGAUCGCUUUCUCUAUGGCUGCUCUGAUCCCCAUCCCCGCCCUGCGUGCUUUCUCCCUGCAGGCUGCCAUAGUUGUGGUGUUCAACUUUGCCAUGGUGCUCCUCAUCUUCCCUGCCAUCCUCAGUCUGGACCUUCAUCGGCGUGAAGAUAAAAGGCUGGACAUCUUCUGUUGCUUUUCCAGUCUCUGCUCAACCAGAGUGAUCCAGGUCCAACCCCAAGAGUUCGCUGAUGCCAACGAUAACCAUACCUUCCACCCUUCGCCCUACAGUGGGCCAACGUUCACCCACAGCACCCAGAUCACCACCACCGUGCAGGCCUUUACCCAAUGCGACCCCACAGGACAACACAUUGUCACCAUCCUGCCUCCCACUUCACGCAUCUCCACGACUCCUUCCAUCAUUGUAACUUCUGUGGACAGUGCUGGCCUGCAGGGCUUAGACGCCACCAGCUCAACCAGGGACUUGCUGGCUCAGGUGAACGAGACCAAAGCCGGCAGGGAAUGUGUCCAGAUGCCCUUCGUCAAAUGGAACCUGGCAGACUUCGCCCGGGACAAAUACGCCCCCCUCCUACUCAAAACCCAAACUAAAGUGGUGGUGUUAGUCCUGUUCAUGACUUUACGGAUUGAGCUUUACGGAACGACCAUGGUUCAUGAUGGGCUGUACCUCACAGACAUUGUUCCUCGUGAGACCAAGGAGUACGAUUUUAUCGCCGCUCAGUUCAAGUACUUCUCCUUCUACAACAUGUACAUCGUCUCAAUGGGAGGAUUUGAUUACCCAAAGUCCCAGAGCUUAUUAUAUGACCUGCACAAGAGUUUUAACAAUAUCAAAUACAUCGUCCGUGAAAAGAAUAAAGAGCUGCCAAAAAUGUGGUUGCACUUCAUCCAGGACUGGCUGAAAGGAUUGCAGGUGGCAUUUGAUGAGGACUGGAGGACAGGUCGGAUCACCAAGGAAAGUUACCGAAAUGGUUCAGAAGACGGAGUUCUUGCCUAUAAGCUACUCAUACAAACUGGAAACAAGAAAGAACCCUUCAACUAUAACCAGUUGACUUCCAAGAAGUUACUGGAUGAAGAUGGAAUUAUCAAUCCUGACACCUUUUAUAUCUACCUGACGGUGUGGGCUAGCAAUGAUCCUCUGGGUUACGCUGCGUCUCAGGCUAACUUCAACCCCCAUCCACCCGAGUGGAUCCACGACAAGUACGACACAACCGGGGAGAACUUGAGAAUUCCUGCUGCAGAACCCAUCGAGUUUGCCCAGUUUCCUUUCUAUCUGACCGGCCUGCAGCGGACAUCAGACUUUAUCGAGGCCAUCGAGAGCGUGCGGGCGAUCUGUGACGAGUUCACUAAGAAGGGGGUGCUGAACUAUCCCAAUGGCUACCCUUUCCUGUUCUGGGAGCAGUACAUCGGCCUGAGACACUGGUUCCUCCUCUCGAUCAGCAUUGUACUGGCCUGCACCUUCCUGGUGUGCGCUCUCCUCCUCCUCAAUCCCUGGACAGCAGGCAUCAUUGUGUUUAUUCUGGCUAUGAUGACGGUGGAGCUGUUUGGAAUCAUGGGAUUAAUUGGCAUCAAACUGAGUGCAAUCCCUGUGGUCAUCCUCAUUGCAUCUGUGGGAAUUGGAGUGGAAUUCACUGUCCACGUGGCUCUGGGUUUCCUUACUGCCAUUGGGAACAGAAACCUGCGUACAGCUGUAGCAUUGGAACACAUGUUCGCACCAGUGAUAGACGGGGCAAUCUCCACGCUACUCGGGGUCCUGAUGUUAGCUGGCUCCGAGUUUGAUUUCAUUAUCAGGUAUUUCUUUGCUGUUUUGACUAUAUUGACCAUCCUGGGCAUUCUUAAUGGUCUGGUCCUACUUCCUGUCUUGUUGUCAGUUAUCGGACCCCCUGCUGAGGUCAUGCCAGCAGAUCGAGGGAGCCGUUUGCCAACCCCUUCGCCCGAACCCAUCCCGCCGCCCAUGAACCAUCACGGCUUUUACGUCCGGACGUUCCCGCAGCAGCAGAGCGGGUUUUGUGAGUCCUCGGAUUCCGAGUAUUACUCUGAGACGACAGUGUCUGGGAUCAGUCAGGAGGACCUGCAGCACUUUGACCAGAGUGCCUACAUCAUCCCCCCGUCACAGAUCCUGGUGGAGUCCGGCACCAAUCCCAGCUUCCCACGAGUCACACUUGUGAAGCCAUUCAAGGAGCUAAAGGAUUCCUCGUACAGGAAGAAUCGGCUGAACUCCAAGGGGCCAACGGUGGAUUCUGUUAGUUCUCAGUUGGCCUGGCAGGACCCGAAAGAUUUGUUUCCAGAGGCCAGAGAAGCCAGGAAACAGGCCCCCAACAACAGACUGCGCAACAGAGGGGCUUCUCAAACUGUUCUGCCUGUCAAUUCCUCCAGGAGUCAAAGCGGCCCCAGGUACAACAGGACUCACCACCCUAGGACUACACUCCCAGCCUAUUGCAGCCGUGUGCCUGGGCCGAGCAACCCUUUCACCACAGUGACCGCCACGGCCUCAGUGACGGUGGCCGUGAUUCCCGGGGUGUCGCAGCCGUUCAGAGGCUACACCCACGAAGGGUUCGAGGACAGUGAGUCGGACUGCUUUGAGGAGCCGUGUGUGGCCUCCUGUCCAUUCCCGGAGAAAAGGACAGACUCCAAAGUGGAGGUUUUUGAACUUCAGGAUGUUGUUGAAUGUGAAGCAAAGAGCAGGGAAGCCCCAAGAAGGCAUUAGGUCGCCCCACAUGAACGUGGCAACCAAAGAAUGCUCACAAGCACCCCCUUUCCACAUCCCCCGCCACCCACUCACCCCCACCCCCUCCCAUAUCCUGCCGGCCUCCAGCUCCAGAAACGUCUGAAACUGCCUAUGUACAUAAACCUCAAGAUGGAGA